CCAGUUAAAGGAGGCGUGUGUAAAGAUUUUGCGAUGUCCCUGCAUGGUGUUGUAGACUUUCCUAGCAAAGAAACCGGCUUCGGCUUCUUUAAAAUCCCCGACGACUCACCUGAUUAACCCGCCUGCGGUUCUGAGCUGACCAGGAUUUGCUGACAUUUGGGCUGUUUCAUUGCCAGAGGAGGCUUUGUGUGUCCCAAAGGAAGUGAGUGAUCUGGCCAUAACAAAUCCUGCCAAAAUAUUUUAACACCGUUACGAUUUUCUAAUGCAAUGCAUAGUGAAUGUGACUAGAAAAGGAUGGCUUCUCUGCAGAAUGUCAAGCAAAGAUCGACACAUUGAUUCUAGCUGUUCGUCAUAUAUCAAGACGGAACCGUCAAGCCCUGCCUCUCUGACGGACAGCAUCAACCACCACAGCCCCGGUGGCUCCUCAGACGCCAGCGGGAGCUACAGUUCCACCAUGAAUGGACAUCAGAACGGGCUGGACUCACCUCCCCUCUACCCUUCGGCCACAGGGCUUGGGGGCAACGGGCCAGUCAGGAAACGGUAUGAUGACUGCUCCAGUACCAUCGCUGAAGAUUCACAAACCAAGUGUGAAUAUAUGCUGAACUCGAUGCCCAAAAGACUGUGUUUGGUGUGUGGUGACAUUGCUUCAGGGUACCACUAUGGAGUGGCUUCCUGUGAGGCCUGUAAGGCUUUCUUCAAGAGGACAAUUCAAGGUAACAUAGAAUACAGCUGCCCAGCAACAAAUGAAUGUGAAAUCACAAAGCGCAGACGCAAGUCUUGCCAAGCUUGCCGCUUCAUGAAGUGUCUAAAAGUUGGCAUGCUGAAAGAAGGUGUCCGCCUAGACAGAGUACGUGGAGGUCGCCAGAAGUACAAGCGCAGAAUAGAUGCGGAGAAUAGCCCAUACCUGAACCCUCAGCUAGUUCAGCCAGCAAAAAAGCCAUAUAACAAGAUUGUCUCCCAUUUGCUGGUGGCUGAACCGGAGAAGAUCUAUGCUAUGCCUGACCCCACUGUUCCAGACAGUGACAUCAAAGCACUUACCACUCUUUGUGACCUGGCAGACAGAGAACUGGUGGUGAUCAUUGGAUGGGCUAAGCAUAUUCCAGGGUUCUCCACUUUGUCUCUAGCUGACCAGAUGAGCCUUCUGCAGAGUGCUUGGAUGGAGAUUUUGAUUCUGGGUGUUGUAUACCGGUCACUUUCUUUUGAGGAUGAGCUCGUAUAUGCUGAAGAUUAUAUUAUGGAUGAAGACCAAUCCAAAUUGGCAGGCCUUCUUGACCUGAACAAUGCCAUACUGCAGCUGGUGAAGAAAUACAAGAGCAUGAAGCUGGAGAAGGAAGAGUUUGUCACCCUCAAAGCUAUAGCACUUGCUAAUUCAGACUCAAUGCACAUAGAGGACGUUGAGGCAGUGCAGAAACUUCAGGAUGUCUUACAUGAGGCUCUGCAGGAUUAUGAGGCCGGGCAGCACAUGGAAGACCCACGUCGCGCAGGCAAGAUGUUGAUGACUCUCCCACUUCUGAGGCAAACCUCCACCAAGGCUGUGCAGCAUUUCUACAACAUCAAACUGGAAGGCAAAGUUCCCAUGCACAAACUUUUUUUGGAAAUGCUGGAGGCCAAGGUCUGACUAAAGCAUCAUGGGCUUCCCCAUCAUGCACGUUUUAAAAAAAAAAAAAAAAAAAAAAAAGGGAAAAUAAACAAGAUAAUAAUGGCAAAGAAACUUAGUGUUUAAUUAAGGAAAAAAUGACUGCACUGAUAUUUAGCAGCAAGACUGUGAAGCAGCUUUCAACUUUUUCUUCUGUGUCUUUCUGAUGCAGUUUUUCUUUUCCUUUUCUCUCUUUUCCUUUUCUCUUUCUUUCCUUUCCUUUUUCCUUUUCUCUUUUUUUCUUUGCUGCUGAACUUUUAAAAGAGGUCUCUAAUUGAAGAGAGAUGGAAGCCAGGCCUGCCAAAGGAUGGAAAUCCAUAAUAUGGAUGCCAGUGAACUUAUUAUGAACCAUAAUGUCCCCAAUGACAAAGGAAUCAAAGAGAGAACCAUCGUACCUAGCAGUACAGUACAACACGAUGAACUGACUGAAUGCAGUAUUAGAUUUCAUAGGAGCAGUCUCUAAUUAGACGACUAAGCGACGAUGCAUCGGCUGCUUCUUAUCAUUGCAUUUUCCAUCUAGAUCAGUUACAGCCAUUUGAUUCCUUAAUUGUUUUUUCAAGUCUUCCAGAUAUUUCUUAGGUUAGCUACAAUGUAACUUUUUCAGGGAAUAGUUUAAGCUUUAUUCAUUCAUGCAAUACUAAAGAGAAAGAAAUACUGCAUUUUUGUGCUGGCUUGAACAAUGAUGAACAAUAAUGAAGGACAAAUGAAUCCUGAAGGAAGAUUUUUUUAAAUGUUUUGUUUCUUCUUACUAAUGGAGAUUUUUUUGUACCAGCUUUACCAGUUUUCAGCCAUUUAUUAAUGUGGGAAUUUAUCUUACUAAAGCAAUAGUCGAAGGGAAGGUGCAUAUUAUCACGGAUGCAAUUUAUGUUGUGUGCCAGUCUGGUCCAAAACAUCCAGUUUCUUAACAUGAGCUCCAGUUUAUAACUAAAUGUUCACUGACUCAAAGGAUUAGAUUACACCUACAGUAUAUAUGAGUAGUCUAACAUAUAAAUACACCAUGUCAAAUACCAAUCUUUUAGGAGACAGCGACUGUACAAAGGUAUAGUUGCUACAUGAUUUCUAACUGCUUCAGUUGCAAAUGAAUGAGAUAUUACCUGUUUGCAAAAUUAUAACCUCACACGCAGAAAAACCCUAUGAACCAACAGUAGCUUAGAGGCAAUAAGGCAAAUGCCAACGUUGGCAAAAUUAAGAAAUCAGAGUAGUAGACUUCUGACCAAAUUGAAGAACUUAACACUUAUAUACCUUAUUUAUUGAUUUAGAUUUAAUUUUGUAAAUGGCAAUCUUUAACAAGUAGCUAAACCAGUAUAUGUGCUUUUCAACCAGUAUUGUCACAGCAUGAAAGUCAGUCAGUUUCAAGACUGUUACGAGGUGUAAUCUAAUGUAUAAACCGAUUAGAUGCCCCCAGAAAACUACAGUCGCUAAAUAACCAAUAAACAAUAACCUCCAUCAAAUGCUAUACCAAUGUACCAGUGUUAGUAGCUGCUCCCUGUACUAUGUGAACAUCCUUAUUCUAUGUACACAGAUGUAAUUAAAAUUGUAAUCCUAACAAACAAAAGAAAUGUAGUUCAGCUUUUCAAUGUUUCAUGUUUGCUGUGCUUUUCUGAAUUUUUAUGUUGCAUUCAAAGACUGUUGUCUUGUUCUUCUUGUGGUGUUUGGAUUCUUGUGGUGUGUGCUUAUAGACACAGGGUAGAAUUAGAGACAAUAUUGGAUGUACAAUUCCUCAGGAGAUUACAGUAGUAUAUUCUAUUCCUUACCGGUAAUAAGGUUCUUCCUAGUAAUAAUUAAGAGAUCGAAACUCCAAACAAAUACUCGUUAUGAACAGAUACACAUUGAAAUCAUAAUAUUUUCAAAACAAGGGAUAAUUUCUGUAACAGUUUAUUAUAGAAUACCAAUGUAUAGCUUAGAAAUAAAACUUUGAAUAUUUCAAGAUUAUAGAUAAGUCUAAUUUUUAAAUGCUGUAAAUAUAGCUUUUAUUCAAUCAUCUCUCAGAUGUUGUUAUCUCGCUCUGUGUUGUUGCAAAACUUUUUUGGUGCGGACAAGUUUCCAAAACUAUUGCUACGUUGUGUGCUUUAAACAAAAUAACAAUGGGCUUGAUGGAUGCUCCAUCAGCCUCAUGCUAGGAGAAAAAACUGUGUAUCUAUCAUUAGCUAUAUGGGACUAUAUUGUAGAUUGUGUUUUCUCAGUAGAGAAGUGACUGUAGUGUGAUUCUAGGUAAAUCAUCAUUAGCAAUUCAUUCAGAUGGUCAAUAACUUGAAAUUUAUAGCUGUGAUAGGAGUUCAGAAAUUGGCACAUCCCUUUUGAAAAAUGUCAAAAAAAAUACAACUCCUGGGAAAAAGGUGCUGAUUCUAUAAGAUUAUUUAUAUAUGUAAGAGUGCAAAAAAAAGUUUAUUUUCCAGAAAGUUUGUGCAGGGUUUAAGUUGCUACUGUUCAAGUACACUAUAUAUAUAUAAAUAUAUAAUAUAAAUAUUGUUUUUGCUGUAUCACAUUAAAGAACUUGGGCUUCAGGGUCAAAAGCCAAUCAACUAGAAGUAUACAAAAAAAAAACACACAAAAAAUGGAGAUGUGUUAAAGGCACACGGUGCAAAUUUUAGUUUUCAUUUUCUGUAAUUUUUUGGAGCUGCAAAAGAACAAGUAUCUCAAGACUGCAAAAGCAUUACCUGAAACAUAGCUAAAAGAACUGCACGGGCUUUAUAGUGUUCAUCUUAAACCUUGCUGGAGAAGAGUUCUUUCAAGACCACUUACUUAAUGUGAAGUGUUGGGAAAAUUUCAAAGGGUGUAUGUUGUAGCCAUAACGAUUUAAUUUCUAUUUUUGCUUCAUUUUUUAAUUUUUUCUUAUUUAAAGCAAUAUGAUUGUGUAACUCCCAGAAGUUACACAUUUGUUUCAAUCAGAUCAGAUUGUUGUAUUUAUUCCACUAUUUUGCAUUUAAAUGAUAACAUAAAAAGAUAUAAAAAAUUAAAACUGCUAUUUUUCUUAUAGAAGAGAAAAUGGGUGUUGGUGAUUGUAUUUUAAUUAUUUAAGCGUCUCUGUUUACCUGCCUAGGAAAACAUUUUAUGGCAGUUUUAUUGUGCAAAGAUCGCAAAAGGACAAAAAAAUUAAACUGCUUAUAAUAAUCCAGGAGUUGCAUAAUAGCCAGUAGUUAAAAAGUGAAACAAAUCAACAAAUAAAAACAAACAUGUCUAUAGCUGUAGAUGGGCUUCACAUCUGUAUAGCAAUCAACUGUAUAUUUUUGUGAUGUGUAUCAUACCGUGUGCUCCAACCAAUGUCCAUUUGUGUAAAUGUAUUUAUUUUAUAUUGUAUAUAUUGUUAAAUGCAAAAAGGAGAUAUGAUUCUGUAACUCCAAUCAGUUCAGAUGUGUAACUCAAAUUAUUAUGCCUUUCAGGAUGAUGGUAGAGCAAUAUUAAACAAGCUUCCACUUUU